AUGUGUGCGGAGUCCUAUCUUCUGACAAGCAAUUUCGCUCAUCCAGGUCGAGAUGGGAAUCGAAUCACGACAGUGGUGGCUACUCCAGGCCAGGGAUCAGAUCGUCCGCAGGAAGUUUCCUACACAGAUACCAAAGUCAUUGGGAAUGGAAGUUUUGGGGUUGUGUAUCAGGCCAAGUUAUGCGACACCGGCGAAUUGGUCGCCAUCAAGAAGGUGCUCCAAGACAAGAGGUUUAAGAACCGUGAACUUCAGAUUAUGAGAAGAUUAGAUCAUCAAAACAUAGUCAAGCUGAAGUAUUUCUUCUAUUCCAGUGGUGAAAAGAAAGAUGAGGUAUACCUGAAUCUUGUGUUGGAGUACAUCCCUGAAACAGUGUACAGGGUUGCUAGGCAUCAUAGCAAGAACAAGCAAACCAUCCCCAUCAGCUUCAUCAAGUUGUACAUGUAUCAGCUGAUGAGGAGUUUGGCAUACAUUCAUUCGUUGGGCAUUUGCCAUCGAGAUAUCAAGCCCCAGAACCUCUUACUUGACCCUGAGACUGGGGUUCUCAAGCUGUGUGAUUUUGGGAGCGCCAAGCACCUUGUUCGUGGGGAACCAAAUGUCUCCUAUAUCUGCUCCCGUUAUUACCGAGCCCCUGAACUCAUCUUCGGUGCUACAGACUACACCACGCAAAUUGAUGUAUGGAGCGGUGGAUGUGUGUUGGCAGAACUCCUCUUGGGUCAGCCAAUUUUUCCUGGGGACUCUGGAGUUGACCAGUUGGUAGAAAUCAUAAAAGUCCUGGGGACACCUACUCGAGAGCAAAUCUAUGAGAUGAAUCGCAAUUACUCAGAGUUCAAGUUCCCUCAGAUCAAAGCUCACCCAUGGCAGAAAGUAAGAGAAAAUGUUCAAUAUCCUAUUCACGGUGGAUGUGUGUUGGCGGAACUCCUCUUGGGUCAGCCAAUUUUUCCUGGGGACUCUGGAGUUGACCAGUUGGUAGAAAUCAUAAAAGUCCUGGGGACACCUACUCGAGAGCAAAUCUAUGAGAUGAAUCGCAAUUACUCAGAGUUCAAGUUCCCUCAGAUCAAAGCUCACCCAUGGCAGAAAGUGUUCAGGGCUCGUACACCUCCUGAGGCAAUUGAUUUGGUAUCAAAGCUUCUGGAGUACACCCCAUCAGCUCGCCUCACACCCCUCCGAGCCUGUGCUCAUCCCUUCUUUGAUGAGUUGCGAGAAGUCAAUACUCGCCUGCCUAGUGGCAGAGAACUCCCCCCUCUCUUCAACUUUACUGAGCAUGAGCUGAGAAUUGAGCCAAGUCUUAAUUUGAAGCUAAUGCCAGAGCACGCAAGAGGAAGCCUACCUAGAGCAUGGAUCAAUAUGAGUGGAAGUGCAAUAAAGAUGCCAUUCUCUAGGGCCACUGUGACCAAAAGCAACCUGGCUGGAAACUUCACUCUUCCAAGUUUAGAGAGCACACAGGACAAGCUAGGG